UGGAGCUUCACUGGUCCUGCCUCGCCAUGAAGUCCUCAACCAGCUUCAUCCUCCUCCUCCUCACUCUCCUGGCCUUCUCUGCUGUGACGCACGCUGCAUCUGGGAAAGAGAAGCCAGGGAAAUGCCCAGUUCCAAAACUAGGCACGUUUGCAUUCUGUGGCCCGUGGUGCAAGUCUGAUGCCGAAUGCCCUGGGAGCAAGAAGUGUUGCCACUGGGUAAACUGCCAAACCUGCCUUGCUCCUGAGGAGGGCUGACCUUGGAGAAGGUCUGGAUCCAUGGACAGUGACCACUGGAGCUCCUCUGCCCACCUCUGCUGCUCCAUCCAAGUCCACAUCCCACCCGGCACCCCCCCCCCUUGCCCUACUCAUGAGGGUCCCAUGGACAGCCACCACCAGAGAAGUCUGCUCCUCUGCCCACCUCUGCUGCUCCACCCAAGUCCACAUCCCGCCCGACACCAACCCCACGUGCCCCAUUCAGGGGGGUCCCAACUCUGCAUUGGUAUCUUCCUUCCAUUAACAAUAAAUGGAUCAGCGUCCUGCA